AUGGCUUUCGGCAUAGGAGAAGAGGUCGAAGUGUGCAGCAGAGAGGAUGGCUUUCUGGGAUCAUACUACGCAGCUACAGUGGUGGCUCAUCUCGAAAACAUGAACAUGUACAUUGUGCAGUACAAAGAGCUGUUGAAGAAUGAUGAAUCUGGACCUUUAAUUGAGAGGGUGUUGAAGAACGAGGUGAGGCCGGUGCCGCUAGAGAUGGUGGCCACUGAUUUUUCAUACCUUGACAAGGUUGAUGCAUAUGACAAUGACGGUUGGUGGGUCGGGAAGAUCACUGGGAAGGAAGGGUCCAACUACAAUGUCUACUUUGAAACCACAGGGGAAGAGAUUGCUUACCCCGUUUCUCGUUUGAGGUUUCAUCUUGAUUGGUGCUCCGGAAAGUGGGUUUCUACCAAGAAAUCUUUAGUAUUAUCAUCUUCUAAUUCCACUCGCUGAUUCUUGAUCUUUCACUUGUUGUUCUACUCCGCUUUUGUUUGGUGUUUACUAUUUUUUCA